GGCUCUGUCAGUUGUUGCCCUUCGGUGUUUGGGCUCGCUAUGAGUAGUGGGUUCGCGGCGGCUGGCUGGAUGAAAAGGCUUGGUCCAGGGAGCCGGAGAGAGAAGAAGAAAACUCGAGCUUCAACCCGGGCAGCGAGAUGGACGUUCUGAAAUCGGAGAUCCUCCGGAAGCGGCAGCUGGUGGAGGACAGGAACCUGUUGGUGGAAAAUAAAAAAUAUUUCAAGCGUAGUGAACUUGCAAAAAAAGAAGAGGAAGCAUAUUUUGAAAGAUGUGGCUACAAGAUACAGCCAGAAGAGGAGGACCAGAAACCAUUAGCUUCAUCGAAUCCAGUAUUAGAACUUGAACUGGCAGAAGAAAAAUUACCCAUGACUCUUUCUAGGCAAGAGGUUAUCAGGAGAUUAAGAGAAAGAGGAGAACCAAUCAGACUCUUUGGAGAAACUGAUUAUGAUGCUUUUCAACGUUUAAGAAAAAUAGAGAUCCUCACACCGGAAGUUAAUAAGGGAUUGAGGAACGAUCUGAAAGCAGCUCUGGAUAAGAUUGAUCAGCAGUACCUGAAUGAAAUUGUGGGCGGCCAAGAACCUGGAGAGGAGGACGCCCAGAACGAUCUGAAAGUCCACGAAGAAAACACCACGAUUGAAGAGUUAGAGGCCCUGGGAGAGUCUUUAGGAAAAGGUGAUGAUCAUAAAGACAUGGACAUCAUUACCAAGUUCCUUAAGUUUCUUCUUGGUGUUUGGGCUAAGGAGCUGAAUGCCAGAGAGGAUUAUGUGAAGCGCAGUGUCCAGGGUAAACUCAACAGUGCUACUCAGAAACAGACCGAGUCCUAUCUCAGACCCCUUUUCAGAAAGCUACGGAAAAGGAAUCUUCCUGCCGAUAUUAAAGAAUCCAUAACAGAUAUCAUUAAAUUCAUGUUGCAGAGGGAAUAUGUGAAGGCUAAUGAUGCUUAUCUUCAGAUGGCCAUUGGAAAUGCCCCUUGGCCUAUUGGUGUCACUAUGGUUGGCAUCCAUGCCAGAACUGGUAGGGAAAAGAUUUUUUCCAAGCACGUUGCACAUGUUUUAAAUGAUGAGACGCAGCGGAAGUAUAUUCAGGGAUUGAAGAGGUUAAUGACCAUUUGCCAGAAGCACUUUCCUACAGAUCCAUCGAAAUGUGUGGAGUACAAUGCACUGUGAGAUCUCUGUGCGGCCCGUGAAUAUCACAAGAAACUUAAGCCUGGCGUGGACUUGUGGAAUUGCCAACAGGCACGAGGGAAGAAGAAAAAGGAAUUUCUGGUCUCUGAGUUCUGCCUAAUGCAGCUCUUGGUUUUCAGAACUGUGUUGGCUCUCAUGUCACAUCUGACUGCCAAGUGAUUUCUGUCUUGCUUUUAUUUUAAAUAGUCGAAAAAUUAAGUUCUAAAGACUUUUCCCCAUAAUUUAACUGUGUAGACAACAGUCACAGGACAGGGUUUAAAAUAACUUUUCCCCUCUAGACCUGAAAGUUGCAGUUAAAGGAUUAAAAAGGAACCUUUGAGGAUGGACUUAAUUAUUUCUAUAAAAUAUGGUAAUUUUCACAUUGCCUCUUAUGAAGUGUUUAUAGAAAAAUAUUUUUAUAUUUUUCAACAAAAACAUGGAACCAUUUAAUGAAACUUGAUAGUCCUUAAAUGUUGCUGAACUUUUGCCAUCUUGCAAUAGAUUUGAAUGUAAAUGUUA